CCCGGCUCCAACCCGUCUCCUCUUCCCUCUCGUGUCGCUCCCUGUUCUCCUUCCUCUCUCUUGGGAAAGCGCUGAGGACUUGUCCUAAGGUUCCCUGAAGAUGGAUACUGACGGUCUGACUAUUGUUUGUGACAAUGGCACUGGAAUGGUCAAGGCUGGUUUUGCUGGAGAUGAUGCACCCAGGAGCGUGUUCCCUAGCAUCGUCGGGCAACCUCGUCACACCAGUGUCAUGAUUGGGAUGAACAAUAAAAAUAUUUAUAUUGGUUCUGAGGCUCAAUCCAAGAGGGGUAUGCUAACCCUGUCAUACCCUAUCGAGCACGGCAUCGUCAACAACUGGGACAACAUGGAGAAGAUCUGGCAUCACACCUUCCACAACGAGCUCCGUGUGGCCCCCGAGGAGCACCCUGUGCUGCUCACUGAAGCCCCUCUCAACCCCAAGGCUAACAGAGAGAAGAUGACCGAGAUCAUGUUUGAUACCUUCGAUGUUCCGGCCAUGUACGUGGCAAUUCAGGCUGUUCUCUCCCUUUAUGCCAGUGGUCGCACGACCGGUAUUGUGCUGGAUUCUGGUGAUGGUGUGAGCCAUGCUGUCCCGAUUUAUGAAGGAUAUGCCCUCCCUCAUGCCAUCUCUCGUGUGAACCUAGCUGGUCGUCAUCUCACUGAUGCCUUGAUGACGAUCCUUACAGAAAGAGGCUAUUCCUUCACUACCACCGCUGAGCGUGAAAUUGUUAGGGACAUCAAAGAGAAGCUUGCAUAUGUUGCCCUGGAUUAUGCGAAUGAACUAGAGGAAGCUAACAGCAGUUCCGUUCUUGAGAAGAGCUACGAGCUGCCGGAUGGACAGGUGAUCACCAUUGGUGCAGAGAGGUUCAGGUGCCCGGAGGUGCUCUUCCAGCCAUCACUGAUCGGUAUGGAAGCUGAUGGGAUCCAUUUGCUCACUUACAAUUCCAUCAUGAAGUGUGAUGUGGAUAUUAGGAGGGAUCUCUACGGAAGCAUCGUUCUCAGCGGAGGCACAAGCUUGUUCCCUGGAAUCGAUGAUCGCAUGACCAAGGAGGUCAGUGCCCUCGCCCCAAAGAGUAUGAAGAUUAAGGUCGUCGCCCCUCCUGAACGCAAGUAUAGUGUCUGGAUUGGUGGCUCCGUCCUCGCCUCCAUCAGCAGUUUCGAACAGUCGUGGAUUUCAAAGGAGGAGUACCAAGAAGACGGCCCUUCCAUUGUCCACAGGAAGUGCUUCUGAGUCUCAUCCGGAAGAGCUUGUGAUCAGAUUGAAGUGGUUGUAUUGGGGGUAUUUUGGAUUUUCUUGAGCUGUAUACUUUAGAUUCUAUAAUGUAAUUGAUGUGUUCACUUCAAGCAAUAUUUAUAUUCAA